AUGUGGCUAGCUCUAGCUCUGAUGUCCAUGGUGCGUGGGAUCAUACCUGGGCAAUGCUUCUGUAAUUUUCCCUGUUGUAAGAAUCCAGAAACACAGAUGAACAUCCUAAGUAUGAUGAAUGGAAUGGUGUCCUUCGGGGGAUACCCCAUUGAGGAGUACUCUUGUGUGGUGACAGAAGAGGGCUAUACCCUUCAGCUAAACAGAAUUCCUUAUGGGAGAAGAAAUGCUGGAAGCCAAGGUCCAAGGCCCACUGCAUUUCUGCAACACGGUUUAGUGAGAGAAGGCAACAUAUGGGUUACCAAUUUGCCCAACAACAGCCUGGGCUUCAUUCUUGCAGAUGCUGGCUAUGACGUUUGGACAGGCAACACCAGAGGGAACAUUUGGUCCAAGUGACAUCUGGUCCUGUCUCCCAGAUGGGAGGAAUUCUGUGCUUUCCGCUUUGAUGAAAUAGGUAAAUAUGAUCUCCCGGCAAUGAUAAACUUUAUUGAACAGGAAACAGGAGAGAAGCAGUUAUAUUAUAUUGGUCAUUCACAAGGAACCAUUAUAGGUUUCGUAGCCUUUUCCACUCAGCUGGCUGAGAAAAUCAAGAUGUACUUUACUUUAACACCCGUGGCCACAAUUACAUUUGUUCAAAUUCCAUUUAACAAGCUUGCAUUCUUUUCUGACUAUGAGUUUAAAGAGAUGUUUAGCACCAAAGAGUUUGCACCGCACACCACCUUGGGUGAGCUGGUCCUUUCCAAAUUCUGUGCCUGCUUGAAGACCUGCAGGAGCAUCUUGAUUAGGCUAUUAGGAUUUAACUGGAAUAACGUAAAUAUGAUUGUGUAUGCAGCACACUCCCCAGCAGGGACUUCAGUACAAAAUAUCAUCCACUGGUUGCAGGGAGUUCAAAGUGGUGCACUGAGAGCUUAUGAUGGGGGGAGCGUGUAUAACAGUCUUCACUAUAGACAG